AUGGAGAUGGACGACGACCCAGACCCAGAAAUGCAAACCGGAACACCGGGCCACCCAAUUAGCAUCUCAAGCGGUUCCCCAUUUCAGGGAUCACCGAAUCGUGGGCCCGAUUCAUACAAGAGAGGAUGGUCGCGUAUGAUUGUUUCACCUCCACCACUUCCUGUUGAGGAGCCGCCUCAACAGCCACCUCAGCCACCUCCCGAGCCUCCGAGGCGAAUGAGGAAUGCGUGGAUAUCCAUGCGAGGAGGACCUCGUUUCAGUUCUCCUCAGGGUUCAAGUUCUUACCCUCCUAUUCCCGAGGACCCCCAAAUGGGUGGACCCUCAAACGCAAUGCUGGAGAACGAUCCUCCACCAGUUUCUUAUGCACCACCUCCACCGCCAAUGAGUUUCGACAACCCAAUCCCGACGGUUCUUCUGGAAUACCCUCAUCUUUACCCUUCUUCUUAUCCUCCAGUUUAUCCAACUGGAUACCUGGUGCAGGGUUAUCAAUACCCGCCUUACCAGCAACCUCUUCCUCCCCAGCAGCAGCAAACCCAGGAGAUCCUGGAAAGGUUAGAUAGGGUUGAGCAUGAGGCAAACAAAACCAAGAAGCAACAUAAUAGCUUCCCCAAGGGCCUUGCGAGCCUUAUUAAAGGAAAGAAGAAGUAG